AUGAUACUGAAUGUAAAGCAUAUUCUGUGGUUAUGUUGGCUCUGUGAAUCUGCCUCUGCCACAACUACCAAUGCUCUGUCCAUUAUCCGACCAGUGAAAGGCUUGCUUUCUGGAAAAGUGACGCUUCCCUGCUUCUUUUCAAUAAUCCCAACCUCAGCCCCAAUCGCAAGUCCAAAUGGAACCAUUCUUUACAACAGAGACUAUCUACGUAUCAAAUGGACCAGAAUUGAUUCAGAAUCUGAAUCCACUGUGCUGGUGGCACAAGACGGGGUUAUUAAGAUUGGCUCCAGCUAUCGCUUCAGGGUGUCGGUGCCCAGUCACCCUGAGGACGUUGGUGAUGCGUCUUUGACCAUGGUGAAGCUACGGGCCAGUGAUGCCGGCACAUAUCGCUGUGAGGUCAUGUACGGCAUCGAGGACACGCAGGACACCGUCAGUCUGGAUGUUAGCGGUGUUGUCUUUCAUUACCGUGCCAAUACAAGCCGGUACACUCUAGACUACCAGAAAGCCAUUCAAACAUGUGAGAACGUUGGGGCCACCAUUGCCACAUACGCACAACUGAAAUCUGCCUACGAGGAUGGCUUUGAUCAGUGUGAUGCAGGAUGGAUUGCUGACCAGACAGUAAGAUAUCCAAUUAUACAGCCGAGAAAGGGCUGUUAUGGGAACCUCAAAACGAAACCUGGCAUAAGGACAUAUGGGAUACGAAAGCCGUCAGACACAUAUGACGUCUACUGUUACGUGGACAAACUUGAUGGUGAAGUCUUCUUUGCACCUGUGAUGAAGAAAAUGACUUUAGAAGAAGCCAGAGAGGAGUGUAAAGAGAGGAUGUCUGUGCUGGCCACUCCUGGGCAGCUCCAUGCAGCAUGGAGACAUGGCCUGGACCAGUGUGACUACGGCUGGCUCUCUGACGGAAGUGCACGGUACCCUGUCUCUGUGCCGCGGAUGCAAUGCGGUGGAGGCCUACUUGGAGUUAGAACUAUGUAUCGCUAUAGAAACCAAACAGGCUUCCCAGACGUCAAUACAAGGCUUGGGGCAUACUGUUAUAGAGGAUGGAGCGAGACAAUCAAUCAAACUUCCGUUGUUGAUGUUCGUAUUGCUGCUGCCACUACAGCCGCGAGUUUAACCACCACCUCUAGCCCACUACUCGAAGCCAGUACUACCUCUGCCACCACAACAACCGAAUCUUUACCGGAGAGUUCGGUUCCACCUUCUAUGUUCUCGACCAGCAUGACCCCGGUCCGUCCUGCCCCCACAGAACAUGAAGAGUUAUUCACCACAUCUACUCCCACUAUCAGGGAUGAGGAUGAGGACGAGACUGAGACAAUGUUUGACCCUUCAAUAGACUUGGAUAUUGAUGACUUCACCAAGACAAUCUUCGUAGAAUCUGUUCCCCGCGGCGACAUAUUCCCAGAAAUGUCUCACCCUACGGAAUCUGACACAAAUCUUGAUGACCACUCGGUGAUAGAAAUCAGCACCAUACGACCUGAUGUCCCUUUGCCAGAUGACUCGCACAGAACUGGCCCUAUGUCUGCUGAGGGCACAACAGAGGAAACUAUUGUAAUCCCUGCCAUGACCACAGAUCUCAAAACCACCUACACCAGUCCCACUCCAGAUUACAACAUUGACACCAUCACAAAGUACUUCUUCCACUCAGCCUACAAUUUUGCCUAUAACAUCAGAUAG